AUGCCCAAUGAAAAAGUCUUUUAUAUCCACCCAUCUAAUUGGGAAAAUGACCCAGAAGAGGAGAGGUUCAAAGUCUCGACGCUCGACUACCUGACAGUUUGCACCUACAAUAAUUACGCCCUCUUUUUUCGACUGGACGAUGCCAAUAAGAGCCGAGUAGCAGACUUGUUGAAAGCCGGCCUUGAGAAGACUCUGAGUCAGGUUCGCCAUAUCUGCGGUACAAUCGAAAAGGAUCCAGCAGGCGGACAUUCCUUUGUCAAGAAGAAGGACAGCACUGUUCAGUUCGUUGUUCAAUGGCUAGACUCUGCAGAAGACAGCGGUAUUUAUCCUUCUUUUGACGAGAUUGAGAAAGCCAACUUCUGUACUUCAACAUUGGGCGAUCUCAAUCGCUGGAGCGUGCCUCCAAUGACGUAUGGAGAGAAGCCCGAAGCUCAUCCGGAUAACAGCCCAGUGGUGGCAGCCUAUAAGGCUAAUUUCCUUCGAGGUGGACUGGUCUUUAUCAUGCACCACCAUCACUACAGCAAUGAUGUUAUGGGAUGGGCUGGCCUCACCCAUCAGCUGGCCGAGCACUGCUUCGCAAUCGUCAACAACACACCUGCCCCCUCCUGGGAUCCCGCUUGCCUCGAUUUAUCUCGCAUAACCAAGGCUGAAGUACCUGAGGAAUCCAAGAUCGAUGGCCCACCAGCGCCAGAGCGCCACCCCGGCCACAUUGAAGCGGAGAUGCUACUUUUUCAUUUGCCUAAGAGCAAGGCAGCAGAGCUUAAGAAGCUCGCCUCUCCGACCGAUGGGUCCUGGAUCUCCACCUACGACGCCUUCUCUGCAUUCAUUUGGCGCACAGCCUCGCGCCUGCGGGCUCCGGCAUUCAAACAAGAUCUGUCGGACCCGUUGUUCUGGUGUGAGGCCAUUGAUAUGCGGCGAAGAAUGCACAGCCCCAAGCCCCCUGUACGUAUUCAACACAACGUCAUGGCUGGUGCCCUGUCAAAUGCUGCGCCCGUUCAGUCGCCGACGGCAAGAGAGGUUAUUUUCGAGUGGCCGAUUUCCAAACUAGCAUCGUACAUCCGUGCGCUGACGAACAGUAUUACCCAAGAAGCUCUCGAUCAGACGUUGGAUGUGGUAGCCACUGUCCGGGACAAAACUGCGUUGAACAUCCGCAUCGAUGCCCAUCCACCAAUGUCACUACUCCAGACAGAUCAUCGUGACGCUAACAUCACCGCUGCCGACUUUGGCUUUGGCAAGCCAUUAGUGUACCGUCACCUGAUUGAUCGUUUGACGCAAGGUGUUAUCAUCAUCUACCCGUCGCGCAAUCCGUCUCCUGAAUCGGACGAGGGACCAGAGUUCUCCAUCUCCUAUGAGACAAGCCUGAAGCAGGCGUUGAUCGAAGACCCUGAAUGGAACAAGUACUUCGAGUACCGGGGUGUGGAUGCCAUCAACGCCCCAAGGGUAGAUUAG